CACGGAGUCCACUCUCUCUUCUCCCCUUCAUGGACAUCUGCCCCAGAUCUCACCUGCUACCUCACGACCUCUUUUCUCGUCCUCCCUUCAGCAUUCCCUCCAACUGAGUGUCCUGACACUCUACCACAUUCCUUUGGAACCGCGACUUUAUCGACUUGAUCUCCUCGAAAAGACCUGUAAAAAUCAAUCAACCUACCAUCUCAAUCUCUCGAUACAUUUUGCAGCCCUAAAAUCGCGCUCCUUGACACUCGUUGAAAACACGCGCAAACUUCUGAUAUCCACUCGGUCGCUCGUCAAAUGUAUGUGUGCAUCCUUCCCAUCUCAUCUCAUGUCCCGCCAAUAUCAAAGGACGUUGGAGGAGCGAUAUCGAUUGGACAUCAUCAGACGAUGCGAUGGCUCCGAUGGUUGGCGGCGAGGGACAGCUCGAUAUGGAGUGCAGCUUGCUAACACUUCACCCUCAAUUUCAGACCUCCGACCGUGAUAACGCAUUCUACGACUCGUGAUCUCACCUGUUGAAUAACCAUCCGUCCUUAAGUUUAAGCAUAUUUUCACGAAUCCGCUUCUUCACAAUGAAGUUCUGCCAUUUCGCGCUCCUAGGCGCCGCAUCUCUCGCAGUUGCGAAACCCAACGCUCACAACCAUGCCCACCACCACGUAGGGAAGCGUGGUAGCCGGGUGGAGGUUCGUGAGGUUAGCAACGUCGUCUUCGAUGGCCCAGUGAUCACUGUUUAUGAGCUCAAUGGCAAAGUCAUCUCCGCUGAAGAAGUCGACGCUGGUAUUAAGUCUGGCAAAUAUAUCCUGGUCGGCGAGACUCUUCAAACUGCCCCCAAGCCACCACCAGCUGCGGCUCCUACACCCACUCCAUCGCCAAAGGCCGCUGAAAAGCCCGCAAAGCCUGAAUACCAAGCCGCCGCUGUCUUUGCUGAGAAGAAAUCGUCCAGUUCCUCGGAAGCUCCAAAAGCAACUCCUACCCCUGACCCCUCACCUGAGCCAACCCCUUCCAAGUCUGUCGAAAGUCCAAAGGAAACCGUCGUCCCAUCCGACUCGGGGUCUAACUCCGAAUACAAAGUUCCAUCCGGCGAGGGAGACAUCGGCGCCGAUUUCCCCAGUGGUAAAAUUCCUUGUUCGAGCUUUCCAUCUAAAUAUGGUGCCAUCUCUCUCGAAUGGCUCAAACUUGGAGGAUGGUCUGGUAUCCAAGCCGUCCCUGACUAUACCACACUCUCCAAGACUAUCUCUACUAUCCACACCAGCGUCAGCGGUGGUUGUAACCCAGGCGCUUUCUGUUCAUACGCUUGUCCAGAGGGAUACCAGAAGUCCCAAUGGCCCGAGGCUCAAGGAUCAACUGGACAAUCCAUUGGUGGUCUUUUCUGCAAUUCCAAGGGCAUGCUUGAGCUCUCCCGACCUACUCACAAGCAAAUUUGCGUUCAGGGUGCUGGAGGUGUCAAGGUUCAAAACAAGUUGAGGAAGAAUGUCGCCAUCUGCCGUACCGACUACCCGGGUACUGAGUCCGAGACUAUUCCUUUGGACACUCAACCAGGCGGAAUCUACGAACUUACCUGCCCAGAAGCCUCUGACUACUAUCAAUGGGAAGGCAAAGCGACCUCCGCCCAGUACUAUGUUAACCCAGCUGGUGUUCCGGUUGAAAAGGCAUGCCAAUGGGGCAGACCAGGAACCAACAUGGGUAACUGGGCUCCUCUUAACAUCGGUUGUGGCAAGACUGCUGCUGGUACCUUCAUCUCCGUCUUCCGUAACACCCCAACCAACAUGGAUGGUUCUCUCGACUUCACCAUUACCAUUACUGGCGAUGUUUCUGGAAAGUGCGUCUACAAGAACAACAAGUUCUACAACAACGGAGUUGAGUCGCCAACCGGCUGCACUGUGAGUUUUCUCGCUCCACCAUCUUGAAUUAAAUAUACUAAUCGUUUUUCAGGCUGCCGUUAACAAUGGAGGAACUGCAACCUUUGUCUUCACAGAAGAAUAAAUGCACCGCGGCUAUUCGGUUUCCAACAAUGUCUUAAUCUAUAGUGCAUACAUCCCACUCGCCGCACGCACAUCUGGAACCAAUGCGAGUGAUGAAAGUUGUCUUUUCCCUUAUCUCCAACUGUUCUAGAGGUGCAUAAUCGAUUGUUGGUCCCUCGACUCUCGCCACAAUCCAAAUAAUCAAAUAAUUGUCGUUAAUGAGUUUUCCUACCGAAGUGCCACGAUCUCAUAUGCAUGCCUUCUGGAAUCUCGACACCUUUAGAAGAUUCUUUUCUUUCCUUUGUAUUCAAUGUCGUUAAUGUUUGUUACUAUAUUGUCCGGUGGCUGGGCGCCGUUUCUUGUGCACAAAGCUACAAUGCUUGGGCCAUGGGUGCCGUGGCUCCUUUUUGAUGUUUCUGGAAGGCGUGGGGUGUUCUCAAUGGGUGGGUGUCCUUUAUACGUGGAGGUAAGGGCUUACUUCAAAUUGGCUGCUGUCACUUUGGUUAUUUGUGCUAUGCCCGUUGUCAAUGGCGAAGCAAGUCCUGGCAUAUCCUUCGGCAGUCUCCAUAUCUCUACGGCCUUUUGUAGCCGCUGGCGCACUUUGCAUACCUAUUUCUAUCACGCCGUUUGUGUUCUGCAUUUCAGCGAUGAUCUUUCAAUGAUGAAUAUGGAUCUGCCUUGUGGCUGGGCUUCAGGCUGUAGAUACUGAUGGUCUGCAUCAAUUUGGUAGUUGGGAGGGGAGGAGAAAAGAGGAAAAAAGAAGACAUUUGA